AUGGUCAGAGAAAAUCAACUCGACAUCUGCCGUGUACAUAACACCUACUUUUGCCGUCCCUGUGAUCGACCCUUCAACACCUAUCAUGGCGCCUUAAAUCAUUGCCAAAAUGCUCGGGUCCACCAAGACGAAUGGUGCGAGCGAUGCAGAAGGCUGUUUGUCUCAUCUGCUGCAUACCGGACUCAUCUAGAUAAUUCCUCCCACCACAACGUUUGUGAUCCUUGUCAUUUGGAUUUUCGCACUUCAGACCGACUCGAAUCCCACGACGUCGCUGUCCACAACAUGUGUAUUGAAUGCGGCAAAUAUUUCGAAAAUGGCAAUAAUCUGAUGCAGCACAAGCGAAGCCAUCUCCCUGCAGACAUUCAAUGCCUGGGCUGCUUCCGCCAAUUUUCUGAAUUCUCCGCUAUGAUCAUCCAUCUCGAAUCUGGCAACUGCGAGAGUGGUCUUAAUAGGGACGACAUUGACAGUUGGAUUUUCGACAGCUUCGUGACAAGUCCAUACGUCAGUCGGUGGACUGACUACUACAGAUAUAAAUGUCCCGAGUGUGAAUCCGACUUCGUAUUUCUGAGCGCGCUAUGCCAGCACGUGGCGAGCAAUGCAUGCGAUCAAGAUCCGAAGAGUACCUUCGAUGACGUUGAAAGAUGUAUCAACUGGCGG